UAGCUGUUCUCGCGAGAGUGUAGGAACGUCACCGUAGGUGUAAAUCAAAGAUGGACGCUGGUGGUGGAGGUGGGUUGAUUAUCAAUAAUAAACAGAAAGCGAUGUUACCGAACAAAAGAGGUGAAUUCAUCCGCAACCAAAGGAAAGACUCUGAGGGCUUCUCAGAGUCUCCUGAUCUGGAGUUUGAAUAUGCGGACACAGACAAGUGGGCUGCAGAACUCUCAGAGCUGUACAGUUAUACAGAAGGACCCGAGUUUCUGCUAAACAGGAAAUGCUUCGCAGAAGACUUCAGAACUCAUGUCACAGAUAAGAAGUGGACAGAGCUGGAUGCGGCGCAGCACCGGGCUCACGCCAUGCGGCUGCUGGACGGGCUGGAGGUCACCACGCGGGAGAAGAGGCUGAAGGUGGCGCGCGCCAUCCUCUACAUGGCACAGGGUACUUUUGAGGAGUGUGGCUCGGAGGCCGAGGUACAGCACUGGAUGCGGUACAACAUCUUCCUGCUUCUGGAGGUGGGAACGUUCUCAGCCCUGGUGGAGCUCCUCAACAUGGAGAUUGAUAACAGUGCCGCCUGCAGCAGCGCGGUCCGAAAGCCCGCCAUCUCCCUGGCGGACAGCACAGACCUCAGGGUGCUGCUCAACAUCAUGUACCUGAUGGUGGAGGCCAUCCAGCAGGACGACCCCGCCGACACCGUGGAGUGGAGGGCCGCUCGGGAGACCUUCAAGACCGAGCUGGGGUCUCCUCUCUACAACAACGAGCCCAUCUCCGUCAUGCUCUUCGGCAUGGUGACCAAGUUCUGCAGUGGCCACGCCCCCCACUUCCCCAUGAAGAAGGUGCUGCUGCUGCUGUGGAAGACCAUACUGUUCACGCUGGGGGGGUUUGAGCAGCUGCAGAACAUCAAGGUGCAGAAGCGGGAGGAGCUGGGGCUGCCCCCCCUGCCGGAGGACAGCAUCCGGGUGAUCCGCAGCAUGAGGGCAGCCUCGCCCCCCGCCUCCGCCUCCGACCUCAUCGAGCAGCAGCAGAAACGGGCGCGCCGCGAGCACAAGGCCCUGAUUAAACAGGACAACCUGGACGCCUUCAACGAGAAGGACCCCUACAAGACGGACGACCCCCGCGAGGACGAGGACGACAACGACGACAACGACAACAGCCUGGAGCCCGAGACCUUCCCCCUGGAGCGGGACGAGGUCAUGCCCCCGCCCAUCCCGCACCCGCCGUCCGAGAGGGUGUCCUUCCCCAAAGGCCUGCCCUGGGCCCCCAAAGUCAGGGAGAAAGACAUAGAAAAUUUCCUGGAAUCGAGCAGAAGCAAAUUUAUUGGUUAUACGCUGGGAAGUGACACAGAUACGGUUGUGGGCUUGCCCAGGCCAAUCCACGAAAGCAUCAAAACCUUGAAGCAGCACAAGUACGUGUCCAUAGCGGAAAUUCAGAUCGCAAGGGAGGAGGAGUUUCAGAAGACUCCGCUGUCAGGGGGUGAAGAGGAAGUGGAGAUGAGCUCCACUGAGCUGCUUUACCAGGGCAUCCUUCCCAGCCUGCCUCAGUACAUGAUUGCCCUGCUGAAGAUCCUCCUGGCGGCAGCCCCCACCUCCAAGGCCAAGACGGACUCCAUCAACAUCCUGGCCGACGUGCUGCCUGAGGAGAUGCCGACCACCGUGCUUCAGAGCAUGAAGCUGGGCGUGGACGUGAACCGCCACAAGGAGAUCAUCGUCAAGGCCAUCUCCGCCAUCCUGCUGCUUCUCCUCAAGCACUUCAAACUCAACCACAUCUACCAGUUUGAGUACAUGGCCCAGCACCUGGUCUUUGCCAACUGCAUCCCCCUGAUUCUCAAGUUCUUCAACCAGAACAUCAUGUCCUACAUCACUGCCAAGAACAGUAUCUCUGUGCUGGACUUCCCUUACUGUGUGGUGCACGAGCUCCCAGAACUGACUGCUGAGAGUCUGGUAAGACGCAGGGACAGAGACAGCACUCUGAAUGGCCCCUGGUAUGUUUUCCAGUUAGAGCCGAGUUGUCAAAUCAAGAGAGUCCAAUUCUGUCCUUUCAGUUGGCAGCCUCUGGAUAUUUACUGCAGUAAUUCAGGUUAUGUAUCUUGCUCAUGGUUACAAUGGCAGUGUCCUACCAGUUCCCUAACCGCUGUGCUACCCUGCCGUGCUUCUCAGAUGCUGGUGGUGUUCAAGUCUGCUCCCAUCCUGAAGAGGGCGCUGAAGGUCAAGCAGGCCAUGAUGCAGCUCUACGUGCUGAAGCUGCUCAAGGUGCAGACCAAGUACCUGGGCCGGCAGUGGAGGAAGAGCAACAUGAAGACCAUGUCCGCCAUCUACCAGAAGGUCCGCCAUCGCCUCAACGACGACUGGGCCUACGGCAACGACCUGGACGCCCGCCCCUGGGACUUCCAGGCGGAGGAGUGCGCCCUGCGGGCCAACAUCGAGCGCUUCAACAGCCGCCGCUACGACAAGAGCCAGGGCAACCCCGACUUCCUGCCCGUGGACAACUGCCUCCAGAGCGUCCUGGGCCAGCGGGUGGAGCUGCCGGAGGACUUCCAGAUGAACUACGACCUCUGGCUGGAGCGCGAGGUCUUCUCCAAGCCCAUAUCCUGGGAGGAACUGCUGCAGUGAGGGGAGGGCAGAGCUGCCACGAACCUGCCCCGAACCUGCCCCAAACCCCGCGGCCUUCACCGAACUUCGCCCGCCCAACCGUGGACCGGCUUCCCAGCAACCCCCACACACGCACACUGUAACCGACAGGUGGACACAGGCCGUAGCCGACUUAGCCGCCGGCUGUGUCGCUUCGUUCUGGCACGUCUGUGAAUCGGGGUCUGACCAGAGCUGUGUCUUGCCGAGCAUUAUUCUCACCCAUCUGCACACACACCAUCCGGCCAUCCUAGCGUCCUCCUCAAAGCAUUUUUCCCCAUUUAUAUGAAUUAGCUCUCCUCCUUAGCCCUGCGCUAUUAAAUCUCUACCUCUCCUCAAACCCCUCCCCCCUCAACUGUGUGGACCAGUACCUUUACUACUCCGGCUUGCCUGGGCACCCGUGGUCCUCGCACCCUGUACCCAGCGCACGGCCAAACCGACCAACACUACAACAGACCAUUACCCAUUCUCUCCAAGGGACCGCUUGGAAAGUGCGAAGCCGUGGCUGUUUCUGCUUGUGCGUGCGUACGUCCAGAUAAUUUCGGUUUACCCUCCGGGUUGAACGCGCGUUACUAAUCGUAUUUUUACUGUUUCCUCUCGCCAUUGUCCUGCUUCCCUUUCCUUCUCAGUGCUGGUUCACCCGUGCCAGGCUUGGCCUUAAAGGUGAAGGGAGCUGGAUCCUGGGAAAGUGAACCGUGAACGCACACAUAAGAGACGGGACCGUUGGGCGUUGACCAGUCAUCUGUAGAUCCCAGACAGUUGCUUAAACUCUGAUGCCAUUAAUGGUGCCUCGGCAUGUAUUGGUUUUGAAGAGCAGGCGUUCUGAUCGAAAAGCCAGGCGGUGCAUCUCAAUCUUCCACUGGCAUCCCCGCGCAAAGAAAAUGCUUCUUUUCUGGGUUACUCAAAAUGUCACUCGCAAAGGUUAAUGCCAUUAGCCUCUUCAGCAGUUAGUGCUUCGUCAUAGCCCACAUUUUGGAGAAGAAUCGACAAGCAUUACACAUCACUUGACAUCAUCAGACGCAUUAUUAGACAGCACAUGAAAGUCAUGGUAAGUUAUGAUGGAGUGAACGGAUCUGCUCAUUUGGCCAGGAUGUUCUGGAGUCCGGGUGUACGAGGUGGCUGCUUGCUAACAGCUGCGUCCGACAGGCAGAGUUUUAAACUCUGCAUCAGGGAUCUCCGACCGUGUUUGCCUUGGAGCGGAUUUCCAGCCCGCGUGACCUGCGACGUUCCAGGAGAAGCACCUGUCCAAAACAUCAGGUGGUAUGCAACGGUUUAUUUCGCACGCCACUGCGGUAUUUUUGAGCCAAGCUCAGUAUGAGUUUGCUUUAUCUUCUAAAUAUUCGGUUUAGUUAAUACGACAGUUCUGUGACAAUGGUAUGACGUAUUCAUCAUUAAUUAACAGCUUCUCAGUUGUUCUUUUAGGGCUUAGGGGUCGUGUGGUGAUUUGAGCAACCUGGUGUGGUAAUUUAGAUUAGUAGCCCAGUGUCUUUAAUGGCAUGGUAGCGUCGCUCUCUCUGGUACAGGGAACUCGUGUGAAGCGGUCGGGGGUUACGUCAAGAAUAACUGCGCAUCAGCAGCAACACAGACGCGUUUUCGCUGUUGCGGUCACACAAUGACCACAUCUGCUAUUGGCUCCUGGCUCCUGUGGGCCGUGGUCAUGUGACGUCGUCAGGCUGAUAGAAUUGCAGAGGUUUCUUUCGCACGGCUUUCCUGUCAUCUGUAAUGUUUAGCAUUUCAUGCUUUUGCUUUCGAAGGGAGAACCUCCUUCAAAUGGAACGUUGCUCUGGGGCAGGGCGGGGAGAGAGAGAGAGAGAGAACCUACCGUUUCAAAAUGCGUGUAAACGCAAGCGUCUUAUUUAUCAUGGCUUACGUCAAUCUAUUGUUCAUUGUUUCACAUUAUAUAUAUAUAUAUAUAUAUAUAUAUAUAUAUAUGAACACCUUAUUAUAAUAAACAUUUUUUCUUGAA